AUUGUCAUGAGCCGGAAGAGGAGAAAUUGUAGUUGUUAAAAAUCCCUGACAUGACAAAUCAAAUCGCACACUGAUUCAACAUCGUAUUCGCAUACAAAGCAAACAGAUUUCUGAAGCAGCCCCCCCCACCCCACAUUAUCAGCAGCAAUGCAUGGCCGCGUGAAGGUUAAGACUACAGCCCAGCAGGAGGAGGAGAAAAGGAAAGAGCGGGAGAAGAAGCUGAAGAUCUAUGUGGCUGCACGCGAUGCCUGCUUUUCCAAGAGGAAGGACGGUGUUUUUGAUGAGGAGGCUCUGCAGCUGACUCAGCAGCUCCUUUCUUCAAACCCUGACUUUGCAACCCUCUGGAACUACCGAAGAGAAAUCCUGAUGCACCUGGAAACUGUCAAAGACAAGGAUGAAGUGCAGAAGAUUUAUGAGGCUGAGUUAUCGUUUCUGGAGUCCUGCCUGAAAGUGAAUCCAAAGUCUUACGGCAGCUGGCACCACCGGGGCUGGGUCUCAGCCCGUCUGCCUCGACCGGACUGGGCCAGAGAGCUGAGCCUGUGUGAUCGCUGCUUAAGCCUCGACGACCGCAACUUCCACUGCUGGGAUUAUCGCCGGAUGGUUGUUAAGAUGUCUGGCGUGCCGGUGAAGCAGGAGUUGGAGUUUACGGAUCGUCUCAUUGGCUCCAACUUCUCCAACUAUUCCAGCUGGCACUACCGCAGCACUCUGCUGCCGCUGCUCCACCCGGAGUCUCCUGAAGCAACUUCCCAAUGUGGUGACCUUCCUCACUCCUCCUCUCCACCCUCCCCUCAGACCCACUUCCAUCGGGUGUGUGAAGAGCAGCUGCUCAAAGAAUAUGAGCUGGUUCAGAAUGCUUUUUUCACCGACCCAAAUGACCAGAGUGCUUGGUUCUAUUACCGCUGGCUAUUGGGCAGAGCGGAGCGCGAAGAGAUGAUAAGCUGUGUGUACGUCAGUCGUGAGGGGGAGCGAGUCGCUGUUGCCUUCUCCAGGCCUGUCAAUGCGCAGUCAGCUGGCCUGCUCCUGGUCCUUGAUGGUCAGCCUCAGAGAGUGGAGUGGCAGAGCGUUCACCCACAUUUCAAACACAGCCCAGUCUGGAUCUGUGACCUCCCUCCAGGAACAAUAAGCGACAUCACCAAUGAACACAAUCUGACCGUGCACUGGACUGAAAAACACACCCACAGGGACUGUGCCCUGUACACAGGUCGCAGUGAAAGCUGGUGUCGGGACACUGCUACAGACCUCGAACUGUUCAGGAGUGAACUCUCGGUAGAGAAGACCUCAGUGUUACAGUCGGAGCUGCAAUCCGUCAACCAGCUACAAGAACUGGAGCCACUAAAUAAAUGGUGCUUGCUGACCAUUAUCCUCCUGAUGAGGGCACUAGACCCUCUUGGGUACGAGAAGGAGACCCUUGCUCAUUUCCAGACACUCAGAGAAGUGGACUCGAUGCGCUCUGCGUAUUACAGUGACCUGUGCAGCAAGUUCAUGAUUGAAAACACCAUCCUGAAAAUGGAGUACGCAGAAGUGCGAGUCUUCAGUAUUUCUGACAGGAAUUUGACCACAUUAUGUCACCUGGACCAGCUGUUAUUAGUUACUCACAUCAAUCUGUCGUCCAAUCAGCUGCAGCGGUUGCCUCCUCAGUUUGCAAUGUUGCAGUGCUUGGAAGUUGUGGAGGCUGAUAACAACUCGAUAGAGAACCUGGAGGGAGUUCAUCACCUUCCCAAACUGGAGGAGGUCUCCUUAAAGAACAACAAGAUCUCCACGCUGGCAGAUCUUGAGCCUCUGGCCUCCUGCCCCAGGCUUAAGCACCUUGAUCUCCGUGGCAACCCCAUCACUCAGAUGGGUAACGUGGAGUUGGAAUUGGCCGAGCUGCUGCCCUCGGUCACGGACCUCCUGCUCUGAUCAGAAGCGCCGCGGUCACCAUCCUGUCGUUCACUCGUCUGUCCGUCUUCGGCUGUGUUUGGUAGCAGAAUGGAAACCUGUGUCUUGUUUAAUUUUAUUUUAUUUUAAAUCGUCUCGUGCCUCUGUUUGUUGGGAGACUGUCUGUCACAGCGAACCCUGAAGUUCUGACAGCCUGACAGUUCAGAGCAUACGUCAAACACCUGUCUUAACACUUGAACACAAAGUGUGUGAAUGUGAAGGAGUGAAUGCACGACAAGACGGUGCAUUUCUUUGUUGGUGUGUUUGUGUGGAUGUCCGGUCCCCUAAUGUAUGCAGAAACAUGGGAAAGGUGUGAAGUGGAUAUGGAUCGGCAUGCAGCAAUGCUGGUUUAUUGCUUCGAAGAGCUUAAUGCUCAAACAGGUUGAUUACAGCAUCAUGUAGUUCUCAUUCCGAUUUAUUUUUAACGGUUAUCUAAAACAUGAAAUGACAAUGUACUGUUGCACAGUAGAUUUAAUAAAAGCACAGCACACAUUGUGUCACUGCCUUACAGUAA